UUCAGUUUAGUUUAACCGUAAAAAACGGGGCCUUCCCCUCUUUUCUUCAUGUUCCCCCCCAAACGGCCAUGCUUUCUUCUCCCCUCUAUUCAGGUGCUGCAAAUCAAUCCACAUUAUCAAACUUCCCAACCACAAUUCCUCAAACACUUUCAUAAACCCUAUUUUCCCACCCAGAUUCUGAUUCAUGACCAUGGAAAUGGCGUAUUUCUCGAUUCUCUCUCCUCCAAUCUACAGAGAAGCUUCUCUAUACUCCCUAAAACCAUCAAAUCACCAAUUCAAUUGCUCCUCCUCCACCUUCCAUCAUCAUAUUAGGUUUUUGAAAUCAUCAGCAAAAUUCAAAAGAGAAUCCUUCCAUAUAAGUUACUAUAGCUCACCGUCGUUGCAAAAUCGCUGUAAUUCCGACGCUAUCGAUAGCACCUCCGAUAUAUGGACUGAUUCUCAGUUUGUUGAAGUUAUUGGUAUUGGCAGUAGAGUUGAUUCCAUUCUCGAUUUUUGCCUUAGCUCCUCUUCAACUUCAAGUUCUUUGAGAUUUUGGAAUGUCAUUAGGAGUGAAUCAUCCAGAGGACAAUUACGUCAAAGGAUUCUUGAAAAAGAUGACUGUCAAAAUAUUGCGGAGGCACCACUGAACCAGCAAUUAAAUUCAAAGGCUGUUGUUCUUGUGGCAAGUGCAGGCUAUGGUGAUGAUUAUGUCACGGCAACUGAUAUCCUUAGGACGAUUAGAUCCAGUGGUGGGCUGGUUGUUGCUGUAAUAGUGAAGCCUUUUAGUUUUGAAGGACAGAGACGCCAAGACGAGGUCACAACUUUGGUAAACAGACUUCGAGAUUGCGUGAACUUUUGUAUAGAUAUUGACAUUGAUGCCUUGCUGAAGAUGGAUAUGGUCACUCUAGAUGAGGCUCUGAAGACAGCGUAUCAGGCUGUUUUGUCAGCCACUAGUGCUGUUUCUAUUCUUGUGUCUGAUACAUACAAAAAACACAUUCAUUCUCUACAUGAUAGCGUGACACAAAUUACCAUUGGUGAAGUUGUAAAAGUUUUGGAGAGCUAUAAGGAAGGAAGAGUAGGAUAUGGUGUUGGCAAUAGCGCUAAGGCUUCAAUUGUACAGGCUGUUUAUGACUGUCCUUUUCUCUCCAUCGAACUAAAGGACCUUGAUGGUGUUGUUAUAUGCAUACUUUCAAGCUCCUCAGCCAUUGCAGAUAAUGAUGCCUGUACUCUUUUUGGUACUUUUCGCGAAGCAACAGACUGCACUAAAGAAGUGAUAAUUUCUACUGUUCAAAAUCCUGAUAUGAAGCCGAACAUGAUAUCAACGACAAUUAUAACUGUGUGUGAUUCUGAAAGGAAGUCUCUCCAAAAUAGCAGUAUUCUUUCUCGGCUGGCAGAUAGCAUCCCAUUUGUUUUCAGUUUUUUGCGGAGGCAUGAUAAGGAAUCAGGAAAACCUGAGAAUGUUGACGCAAGAGAAAAUUCAUUUCCUCCCAUGCUGGCGAACUUCAUGAAUGAGAUGUUUCUAGAUGAAAAUUGCAGUGAAAUGGAGUUUGAAGAUGAUGAAAGUGAAACAGACACGGUUGAGUAUGUAGACUCUGUUGGCCAUUCAUCCAAAUAUAUAGAACAAAUUGAUCAAGCCCAAACUUUUGGAAGAAAGCUAUUUAUCAAUCGGAACCUUAGGCCAGAUUUCAGAAUUUCUCAGGAGGGGCAUGAGGAAGAGUUGAAUGUCUCUGUAGCUGACCUUCUGGACGAGAAUCCAAGAAUAUAUCAACUUCCAGUUGGUGUGAGAUUUUCCGAUGACUUAAACGACAGUACUGAUAAAUCAAAUAUUAGGUCGCCUGAAGAAAUAAAUGACGUAGAUAUUCAAAUGCAAGCAUCCCCUGUCCCAAGUGUUCCACCUCUGAAUGGUAUUGCAGAUGUGGGGUUUGAUGCAGUAACUGACUUUUGGAAUAGUGCAUCAGUUUUUUUGAAGAGAAAAAAGCCUAAUAAUUCUAAGAAGCAGGGAGUUCUUUCUACUCGUGCUGCGUCAAUGCUGGAAUCAGAACGGGAAACUAAAACUAAAUGGAGUCCAGUGAUGGAGAUUCGGUAUAGAGGAGGAGUCUACAAGGGUCGUUGCCAAGGUGGUCUUCCUGAAGGCAGGGGUCGUCUUACCUUUCUGGAUGGUACUGCAUAUGACGGAGUGUGGCGAUAUGGGAAAAGAUCAGGAAUAGGCAGCUUAUUCUUCAAAAACGGAGAUGUUUUCCAUGGAUCAUGGAGGGAUGAUCUUUUGCAUGGCAAGGGCUGGCUUUACUUCCAUACCGGAGAACGAUGGUUUGCAAAUUUUUGGAAGGGGAGAGCCAAUGGUGAAGGCAGAUUCUAUUCCACGUCAGGAGAGGUCCUCUUUGGCUAUUUUCAAGAUGGUUGGCGACAUGGUCAGUUUCUUUGUGUCAAAGUCGAUGGCACAAGGUUUGUUGAGAUAUGGAAUGAUGGCGUCCUUAUGAGCUCUGACGAGUUGGACACGUAGGGUAUACUAGAAGCAGCAGUGAAGUUUUUACUCAUGUUUCUCAGUCGUCUUGCCAUCCAUGGUUUCCUUUUAGUUGAAUAAUCAUUGACAAAUUGUGCCUUUUGUCCAUAAUGUAUAUACUCAACAUAGUUGACAGUAUCAUGAAAUGGGUUUUACAGCUAUCCGUAUAUGUUUAUCAAACAUGCAAGUCACCAUCCGUAUAUAUGCAACAUUUUUUUUUUGAUGCAAGUUACCCCGUACUA